UAUAUGUCUUUUUUUAUAACCUUUGAUUCUGUUGUAAUCACGUCCGCGCAGUUCUUUGCCAGUGCAGCUUCUAAUCUACCACGUGACGCUAAUCCCGGUCGAGACCCGCAUGGAGGGAAAAUCCGCAUGCCGAGUACCUGAAAUUGGAGCCCCACGCCGCAGCUGAAAUCAAACCUUGCCGCCCUCCUACCGGUUUGGCGUCCCCGCGCCAAGUAGCGAGAAUAACUGACCGCGCAAGUUUUCGGAUUUCAAGCAUACGCCCCAAUUACUGCUGUCGCCCGCAUAACCAGAACCUGAAAGACAUCCGAACCAGGCCCACAGCUGCAUAACCAUGAGGGACACGAAGUCGGAAAAGUCGCCGUUCAUCAGCGGGCAGCCGGCCCCAGUGACGCUGAAUCCUUCGUGGGAGUCCAAGCUGCCGCCGCACGACUCCAAUGGCAAGGGAUCCCUUGCGGGGUCGGUGAUAGCCAAGCUCGGCCUGCCGGCGCCGAAGGACAAGUAUCUCAUCGUGUUUUUCAUCUUCAUGCUGCAUGGCCUGGGUACACUGAUGCCAUGGAACAUGUUCAUUACCGCCAAGUCGUACUUCGAGGACUUUAAAUUCGGGGCCAACAACACAGUGCCUACGGAGAUGAACUAUCGGACCAACUUCAUGCAGAACAUGGGCUUUGCCUCGCAGAUUCCCAACGUACUGUUCAACUGGCUCAACAUCUUCGUCAACUUUGGUGGGGACCUGACCCACCGGAUUGUGUACAGCAUCAUCAUCGAGAUGGUCAUCCUGGUGGUGACAAUCGUGCUGGCCAUGGUGGACUCGUCCGAGUGGCCGGGCCUCUUCUUCUGGAUCACUAUGGUGUGCAUCGUCCUACUCAACAUAUGCAACGGCAUCUACCAGAACACCAUCUAUGGCAUUGUUGCCUCGCUGCCGAUUAAGUACACUGGUGCCGUGGUGCUGGGCUCAAACAUCUGUGGCUGCUUCACCACUGUGAUGUCCAUUCUGUGCGCCAUGAUAUUCGACUCUAAGCGCACCGCUGCCAUCUACUACUUUGUGGCCGCCAUCCUGGUGCUGCUGGCCUGCUUUGAUUCCUACUUCGCUUUGCCGCUGAACAAGUUCUUCCGGCAUUACGAAACCAUCAGCCAAAACAGUGAAAAGAAGACGGACUCCAAGCAGCAGCUGAAUGUGCCCUACUGGGCGAUCUUCAAGAAGGCCUCGCCGCAGCUGUUCAACAUCUUCUUCACGUUCUUUGUGUCGCUGUCCGUGUUCCCGGCCAUCCAGUCCAGUAUACAUCGAUCGGAUCCCGACUUCAUCGUAAGCAAUAACUAUUACGUGUUGAUCACGUGCUUCCUCACGUUCAACGUGUGCGCCAUGCUAGGUAGCCUGACCACAUCCUGGGUAAAGUGGCCUGGUCCAAAGUUCCUUUGGGUACCCGUGGUGCUGCGAGUGGUAUUCAUCCCUCUGUUCGUGUUCUGCAACUAUGCCCCACCAGACACCACUCGUUCCUUGGCGGUGUACAUCGACAACGAUUGGAUUUACUGGGGCAUCGGCAUCCUGAUGGCUUACAGCUCCGGAUAUCUCAGCUCCCUGGGCAUGAUGUAUGCCCCACAGACCGUGCAUACCAAGUACCAGACAACUGCUGGUAUGUACGCAGCUGCCAUGCUGAUUACGGGCAUCUUCUCCGGAGUUAUGUUCUCGUAUCUGGGGCCCUGGUUGGUGGUAUAGUCCGGUUGCAUGUCACCACUAAGCAAGAAAUACAUAAAGAAGUCAA